CCGUAUUCCUCCUCCCCUCCCCGGCCAUUUUCGUUUUUAUUCUCUUAUGUAAUCCCCAUUGGUUUUUUUGACAUCCAAAAUGUCCAUCAUCCUUCAGCUUGACCAACUAAAUCAAUUAAGAGAAAUAUUCGCAAGAUUCGACAUGGACGCCGACGGCAGCCUGACCCACCUGGAGCUCGCCGCCCUUCUCCGCUCCCUCGGGAUCAGACCCUCCGGCGACCAAGUCUACGUCAUGCUAAACAACAUGGACGUCAACGGCAACGGCUCCAUCGAGUUCGAGGAGCUCGUCAACGCCAUCAUGCCCGACAUCACCGCCGAGAUUCUCGGCAACCAAGAAAAGCUUUUGGAAGUGUUCAACUCCUUCGACCGGGACGGCAACGGGUUCAUCACGUUGCCGGAGCUGGCCGGCUCCAUGGCCAAAAUGGGUCAGGCCUUAACCUACAACCAACUCAAGGCGAUGCUCGAGGAGGCCGAUACCGACGGCGACGGCGCUAUUAACUUCACCGAAUUCACGGCCAUCAUGGCCAAGUCCGCCUCCGAGUUUCUAGGCCUCCCUCUCCCGCCGGCCGUUGCACAAACCGAGAACGCCGACAAACCCACCACACCCAAACUUCCAGGCCUUUGAUCAUAUAUAUUUGCAGAGAUAAUAAUAGUUUUGUCUAGUUUAAUUAAAUUGUACUUAAUACAUUGUG